GUUACAGGUUCCGAUAUCCUUCUAUUUCCUGUUCAUAGUCCUUCCCCCAAGAAAAAACUUAACAAAUCAAAGGAAAAUAAAAAAGUUGAUUUCGAUGGGACCAAACUUGUCAUCCAAAUCCCAGGGCUUGCCGAUUCCGCGAAGAGCAGAGGCGACCGACCACGGCACAAAUCUCAUCACCAUCGCAGGAGAAAAAAAGCAGACAAAAUCUAUGAAGACUGGAACCGUAGUAUAGAUCUUCUGACCUCACCAAAAAAACGGAAAAAGCCUGUUAGAAGCUCUAAUAAGUACAGCUCAUGUGAGAGCCUGAGUAAUGAGUGGCGUAGCUCAAAGAAAACAUGCGUUGAACCGAAACAGUAUCACGUACCUGUUGAGGGAAAUCCAUUGCUUGCAAAAUUGCUCUAUGCAGGUGACAUCAACCCUGCGAGUGUAAUUUUAAAGGAAAUAAAUGGGAAAAAUGAAAAACCUCAAGUAAUUAAUCUUAUAUCAGAUGUUAGCUCCACUGACCUAAGUGUGGACCAUGAUGUCAAAAGUCCUAUGUUCUCUACGGCACACUCUGAUGUUACUGAUGGUGGCUCUGAUGACUUUGUUACAAACCAAAAUGCCAAAACACCGUCAGUCCAUCAUACAAAGCUCUCAGCAUCUAGCUCAGAUAUAGUAGCAGCCAGUGAUCCACUUACAACCUAUAACCGCAACUGUCAAAAUAUAACGGAACCUCCCAGUAGUGGCACUCUAUCUGAAACUGCCAAAAUAUUCUGUAAUUCGGAGCCCCUUAAACAUACUCCCAUUAUUCACAUUGAUGGAACAUCGGAAAGUAGUGUCCAGGCUUGUGAAGUGAAAGAUUUUGAUACCACCAUUGCUCCCAAAAAUCUUUCCCAGUCUUACCUAUCAUACAACAAUAAAUCCGACCAAAAUGAUGUGUAUUCACCUGAGACUUUUACUCCGUUCGAUUACAACACCCUUCAAGACUCAGAAACAUUAGAGCUGCGUGCUGCCCUAGCCAAUAAGAGUGAUCUAGUCUCGGAAAACUACGACUGUAUACCCAUGAGUUGUAGUGAAGACGAAGAUUUAAGCAGUGUUGACUCAAAGUCUGAUAAAUCGGAGGACUUGAAACCGCAACAACAAAAUAAUGACACAGACAGUGAGGAAGAAGAAGAACUGCGGCUGAGAAUAAGUGCUCUAAAAACGUGGCUGCAAAGGAAGUAUGGAAAAACAAAACCAGGAGAAAACCAGAGUGCCUUUCAAUCACCCAUGGAAGGGGAAAUCGAACAACCACAAAGUUCUUUGACAAAAAUUGCAUCGUCCAGCUCAGAAAAAGAAGUCAGCCAAAAGAAUAAUUCGCCCGACAUGCUAUCCUCUCAUUCUGGUCCAAUCCAAAGUUUCGUAGAUACUCCAUUAUCCCCUAGUGUGGACUCAGAUCAAAGCUGCUCUUCCAAUGCAGCAAUAUCAAGAAGUCAAAGAACAUCCAGUGUUAUAGACAGGAUUUCGUCUCCACUGCCAGUGGAAGAAAUCAUCAACGAGCAAAGAGAAGAUAAAGAAAUGGAUGGUCCUCAAGAUGAAGCUGAUUUGAAGAAAGAAACUUCAGUUGCAACAAUCGACAACAGUCUACUGGACGAAGAAGCGAGUGAAAAUUAUGAACUAGCCUUGCGUAGUUUAUUAGUAUCAAAAUUACUAAAACAGAAGUUAGAAAACAGUAAUGACCUUUUAACUGAGUCAAAUUUAAUCAACAAAGCAUCUAGUUCCUUAAUUUCUAAAUCUCCAGGGAAGAUUUCUAGUAAUAGUAAAACAAGCCAGUCUUCUAAAUUAAUUGUUAAUUCUAAGUACCGAACCGUUAACUCAACAAAGACAGUUGCUCAAAAUCUUAAAAAUUCCGCCAAUAAAUCUGGCUUAAUACAUUGUGAUAGUUUCCAAUCAAAAUACGUGUUUAAUAAUUUUUAUGAGCCACCUAGCCAAGUAGAAGAUAGCAAACAUUUAAGCUCUAUUUCCAAUUUUAAGAUCCCUGUUGUUGAGAAGUUUGUUAUUCACCUAUCAGAAGACUCAGAUUAUGAUUCUGACGAAUCAGAGUGCAAGACUGCCCCUCAUGAGAAGGGCGCUGGAUCCAGUGAAAGCAGUUCGGGAAACGCAGUGAAAAUACCCAUGGUGUUGCCAAAUUCCAAAAGCUCAUCAAAAAUAACCGAAUCUACACAACAACGCAUGGUGGGCGAAUCUUGUUCCACCACAUCAAUCCAUAAUACUGGCAGGGAUAAAUCUCCAGUUUCACAAACUGCUUUAAGUGACAGGCAAAAUAGAGUUACUAAAAGUAGUCGUUUACAAACUGAAAAAUCCAGAAGAGAUACGCUUGAAUUUCAGACUCGCAAAACUAAUUCGGCUGCUAUAACUUCAAAAUUAGUGAAGACGUCCGGUGCCGAUAAGUUGGCUGUUUUAUCUAGUCCUAGAAAAAUUACCUCUAGUUCAUCUCUUGUCAGUAUGGAUGGGAGUGAAACGGAAUCUACCUCUGUAUUGAAAGAAGCAAAGAAUGUGUCGAACUCACCGAGUAGCCAUGAAAAACUGGGAAAAGCAAACAGCAUGCUUAUCUCAAAUGUUCUUGUACCCGUUGAAAAGAAACUCCUGAAGUCAAG